GGAAGUGAAAACAACUAACUUUCGUUUCCUUCGCGAAACUUUUAUAUAUACCUGCCCCGCUGUACGCCGGAAAGAGGAACCAAUAACUUGAGAGUCUGAGAGUGACACUGAGACAGAGGUGGCGUCUGUUUUCUGUCGCUCAGGUGGACAGACUUUUCAUUCCGGUGUCCGCGAGGAGCCCCACGCAGCAAGAACGAUGGAGGCAAGUGAUGGAGAAGAGCAUAUCAGAGAUGCUGAUCGUGUUGUAGCACCUCCCAAUGGCGGCAUGAACGAACUGCUAAAUGUGGGGCAAGAAGACAACAUCCAGGGCCAGAUGGAGGAGUUUCUGGGUCCACAGGCAGAGUACAAUGAGGAGGAAGAGGAGAGGAAAUACUACAGGAGGAAGAGGCUGGGUGUCAUCAAGAAUGUUCUUGCAGCCAGUGUGGGAGCCAUGAUUGUGUACAGUGUAUAUAUGGGCCUUCUGCAAAUGCAGCUGAUCCUCCAUUAUGACAUGACCUACCGUGAGGUGAAGUACAGCAACCUUGGCCUGGAGGACAUCGACCGCAAGAUGUUAAUGGGCAUUAACGUCACGCCCAUUAUAGGCCUGCUGUACACCCCUGUUCUCAUCAGGUUUCUAGGUACUAAGUGGAUGAUGUUCCUGGCUUCAGGAAUCUACGCACUCUUCGUCUCAACCAAUUACUGGGAGCGUUACUACACCUUGGUUCCAUCAGCAGUAGCUAUAGGUGUAGCCAUUGUGCCGUUUUGGGCUUCCUUGGGAAAUUACAUUACUAGGAUGGCGCAGCAGUACUACGAGUAUGUCAACUACAAGGAAGAGCAUGUGCAGGAGCAGAAGAAGCUUCCUAAAGGAGCGUGCCACAGCUACAUCAUCAUCUUCCACUCAGUUUUCCACAUUAUCUUCCAUCUGAGUUUUGUCUUCGCGGAGUUCCCAAUGCGUCUUGUCCUCAACGACUACCUGCAUGAAAGCAACCACAUUCUAUGCAAUGUCAAAACCUGUGGCGCAGCAGUCAGUGGAGUGAUCCCUGGCUUCAACACCACUGUGCUGACCAGACUGCCACGCUCCAUGCUGCUCAUCCAGGUGGAGAGUGUCCUCAUGGGUUUUGCCUUCCUGGGCAUGAUUAUUUUCCUUGUGCUGUGUGGCGCUGCCUACCGGCCAACAGAGGAGAUCGACCUUCGCAGCAUAGGCUGGGGAAACAUCUUCCAGCUGCCUUUCAAACACCUGAGGGACUACCGCCUGAGACUGCUCUGCCCUUUCUUUAUUUACAGUGGCUUUGAAGUGUUGUUUGCCGUCACCGGAUUCUCUCUGUCCUAUGGUGUCUGCAUUUUGGGUCUGAAAUCUCUGUGGCUCCUUAUAGUCGUCUACGGCCUCUCCUGCUCUGUCUUUUCCUCACUCUCCCUCUGCAUACUACGCCUCCCACGCUGGCUGUGUCUGAUGAGCGGCGCUGCUGUGCAUUUUGUGUUGCUGGUGGCCCUCCUGGCGUGGUCCCUACAUAUUAAAGAACCUCCAAUAAAGGGCACAUGGUAUCUGGGCCCUCUGAUUGUGAUCACUGUGCUGUGGGGUCUUGGCACUGCCUUAAACAAGACGGGCGUCAGCACUCUGAUUGGUAUGCUGUAUGCUGAAGAAAAAGAACGUCUGGACUUUGUGUACACCAUCUAUCACUGGUGGCAGGCCAUCGCCAUCUUCAUAGUCUACCUCUGGUCCAACAUGCCUAUGAGGGCCAAACUCUCCAUCCUUUUGGCCACUUUACUGGUGGCCUGCUACUGCUAUUGGGUGAUGGAGCAUCGGCUGGCCAGGGACGUGCGGCCCAGACUGCCUCGUAUCCCUCGGCCACGGCACAAGGUCAAGGGCUACCGCUACCUGGAAGAGGACAACUCAGAUGAGUCAGACUCCGAGAGAAGUGAGGAGGAUGAGGAGGAGAAGGAGGAGGACGAAGACCAUGUGGCAGAAGAGAUAGAAGCAGAGGACAGGGAGGAAGGGGGCCAAGUGGGAGGGGCCCAGGGAGCUGACUCACCCAGAGCCAGGAGGAGAGGGGUGGAGGGUCACCGCUACAAACAGGACAAAGAGGACGCCCAUGUGAAGGAGGGAGAGAGGGACGAGCGCUAGAGAGGGUGAGAGAAAAGGAAAGGGAGAGAGGAGGGGAGAUGGAUGCUGUUGUGUUGAUGAUUCCAUUCAUUUUUUUAACAGAUAUUUAUACUUAACAUAAUCCUUUCAUACCACACUAAACAAAAAUAUUUAUAGAGCUUUAAUUUAAAAGGCUUGAAUUACAAGUUCAGCUAUAAUUACAACAGUCAUCCAGAUGAAAAGGCAGAGAAACUGGAAGAACUACACAGCUAUUUAACAACAGGCACAGCAGUCUCAAAGGGUAGCAUACACUGGAUACAACAAGAAUACUUGUUUUUCUUUUGCCGCACAGCAUGUGGCUCACAUUUACCAAAUGUACCCAUAACUGCAGAGGAGAUUGUAGCUGCUUUUGUGCUUCAUCAUUCAACAAACUUUGUAAUAUAAACUGGUUCCAUUUAAAAAGAGCCCAUCUCUACAAAGAAAGAACUGCAAGUGACAGAAAAAGAAAUGAGGAAUUGAUUUUCUAUCUUGAAUCACAGGUUGAAGUGUGUUUUGAUGGAGUCAUUUUUAGAGAGCCUGCAUAAUCCUGCUGGAUGUGAACAGCAUCAACAGCCUCAGUUAUAUAGUUGUUCCUCUGCCUUUGUUUACCUUCCACCCCUUAAUCUAUGCAUAUUUGUUGGAGACAACAACCUAACUCAAGAUAGUAUCAAAAGCUCAGAUAUGUGUCACUUUCCUGAUGUGUCCGCUGGGAGGAGUUAAAUUCAACUUUUGCAAAAGUUAAAGAUGAAUGUAUGAAUAUAUGUUUAUGCUUUAGUGUAAUUCAGUGUGCAGCAGGUUUGGGCAUCAGUCAUGUUUGGUCGAUGCCAGGAACAGUGGGGUAUUAUUACUAAUAUGGGUUGUCUCAAAUGUUUUCAUGUACCACAACAGUAAACAGGUCUAGGAGUGUUGAGCCAUGCUAAUGGCUCUACUUCAGAGCAGUGCUGUAAAUGCUAAUGUUAGCUCACAGUAACAAUGUUAACAUGCUGAUGUUAAGCAGGAAUGGAGAGCCAAGGUGAAACUGAAACUUCUGGAUUAAGUUCCUGUAUUGAGAAAACUUUAUUCAAAAUCACAUUGACAUUUGCUAAACAUCCAGCCAUGGAACACAGCCUUUCUCAGCUGUAUGUUGUGUGGCUUGAUUCAUGUGUUUAGGUAAGGAUAGUAGUUUUUUAACAAAUUCUUUUAGAUCUAAUAUUGUUAAUAAUUUUUUUAGCCUUUAACAAACACCAUUUCCCAUAACCCUCAACAGAAAAGACAAGUCCAUGAAUGAGUUCAGGGAUUACAACAUGUUUGCAAUAACAACAGGACAGUUUGAAUGCUGUACAUACACAGAUUACAGCUAGAAAGCAUGAAAACAUUUGUUAAAUCACAAAUGUUUUCAUUUCUUGCCAGAUGGUGAUUUAUUUUUAAAUAUGGAAAGAAACGCUGAAUGACAGACUGCACUGAGGUACAGAAGAUAGUGGAACAGAGGCUAGCCCAGACUGAUGCCAAGACUUUGGCUUUCUAUAAUGUUAACCAUGUUCACCAUCUUAAUUGAAUAUGUUAGUAGGCUAACAUUUGCUAGUUGGCACUAAACAGAAAGUACACCCAAGGCUGAAGGGAAUGUCAUUAGUUUUGCAGGUGUUUGGGGACCAUAAAUGUUUGAACAUAAUUUCAUGGCAAUCAAACAGAUUUUUAGAUAUUUCAGUCUUGAACAAAGUGGCAGACUGACCAGCACUGCCAUCCCUGGUGUCACACCUCUAGCGUGACUAAAAAAGAGAAGGACCUCACCAUUUAGCACAGAAGUUGUCACAACAAACAUGUCAUGAAGCUGCACACUUAUCACUCUGUCCACAUGACUUCCAAAGAGUAUUGUAAAAUUUGUGUUUAUUUAAGGCUUUAUAAGUAUUAAACUGUUUUAUAUACUAUACAGUUAUUAGAUAUCUAAUUUUUCAUGAUGCUUUAUUUUAUUUUUAACAGCUUUAUUUGCACUGAAUCCAACAGGCUUCCAACAGGCCAUUUUCUCCAAAAGAUAUUUUGACUCGUCCCAGUAGAAAAAUCAUAGAUGCGAAUAACAAAAUCAGCAAUGGCUGAAUUCCAUGUAGCUGCUUCAGUUUCAGGGUCCUGGCUCACUGCCUCACUGCCUCACUGUCAUGACAUGGACACCUGAAUGAGACAGGACCACUGUUAAUGUUAUUAGUGACACCUGCGCUUUUGCUUUGGAGACACAGCAAAAUGUCUAUGGGCUGUCUAAUCAUGACAAGUUGGUCUGGGGACCUGCUGUUGGCUGACACGGUGUUUGGCUGAGGGAAUUUUGAGUUGUCAUCACUGAUGACUGUCACUUCAUUCCCUGGCAUCACUUUUGUCUUAUUUUUAGUUUCUGAAGUUAUGUCAUGUUCAGUUAAAAUACCCUGAUUUACCUGACUUCAGGACAGCAAGCUGUCACACUUUGACACUGAUGGUCUGAUAUUUAACAUAUUUUUGUAUCAUGCAAAUUUUUGUAGGUACUCUGCAAAGACAUUAGGGUUGAUUAGAGUUACUUAACCUCUGGUUUAUUCUGUUACAAUAACCACUGUAUCAAUUUCUUUUUAAACCAGCUGUAGGAGAGAGGAAUAGCAUCUAUAUCCUAUGAUGGAUAUUUAACAUUUAAUUUUUUCAAUGCAAAUCACUCCUCUCUGUGAACGAAGCCAAAGGUACCUGAUGUUGCAUUGAUCCCUAUGACAUUGUUGUUUCUGUGUUGUGUUCACAGGAAUUCAUUUUGUACUUUACACCUGCAAAUGUAAUUAAAGACUGUGUUGAAGGUAA